UGCCAGUAACGAAUGAGUAUUGCUAUAGGAAACGCAUCUUCGUGGUAGAUGACUAUAUUCCUGUGACACAGAGAACCACACCACGACAGGAAUCUAUCCCCUUUCAAUGAGAUUCCACCGAUCAGGUUAAUCCGCUCCGCCACAAUAUACCAUCGACCACAUGCACCAACGACAACACUGACCAAUACUGACCAACACAUCCACACCCAGCAUGUACCCAAUGCUCAAAGACCCAUCAUCAUCAUCAUCAUUAUGAUCAACGACCCAACCGCCUCUCCGACCUCAAUCCGAAUUAUCCCAAAUCCUUCCCACCCACCAAACCUCCAAUCCCACACACGCCCAAGCCUCCACCAAAACAAUGCCCAACCUCACCACCUUCCAACAAAUCUUCCUCCUCUACCUCCGCCGCUGGACCUUCCUCACCUGGCACAACAUCGCCCACAUCUUCAACACCCACUUCGCCCACACCCUCCCGCCCGCCUACCUGGCAGCCUACUUCCGCGUCCUCGGCGAGACGGGCGCGUCCUGCUUCCGCGCCGUCUGCUUCUCCCACGACGCGCGCCUGCAGUACCACUACGUGCUCGAGCAGGCCGAGGAGGUGCGGCGCAAGCACGGCUUGCCGAUGGCGCGUGGGUUGCCGGAUGCGGAUGUGGAUGUGGCAGACAGCGUAGACGGCUGGAGCACACACGCGGCAAGCGCGUCGUCGUCAUCACCAGCAGCGCUGCCACUACCACCACCGCCAUCAUCGCCGAAGCAACAACCAGGGCUCCUCGCACACGUAGACUGGCAAGACCUCGUGCUGCGCGGCAUAUACAGCGACGAUUUCAAAGCAGACCAGGCAUGGGGCCACUGGACAUGGCGCAACUUCCGGCGCGCAACGACGACGGAAACAACGGCCACAGGCCGCCGACAGAACUACGUCGGAGUCGCGGAUUUGUAUCUCGGGGAUUUCUUCCGCGAGCCGGUGCCGGAGUGGUGGCAGGAGAGAAAGCGGGCGGCGGAGAGCUCGCUCGGGGUGAGAGCGGUCCGGGAUAGGAUGGCGAUGAUGGUGGUGCAGACGGCGGGGAAAGGGGUGGAGAGCGUGAGGCGGAGGACGUGGCUUUUCGGGGCUCAGAGAGGGGAGAUUGCGGAGGAAUAAAGGAGAUUUUUGACGGAAAUGGGGAGCUGUGGUGGUGGGUGCUGGGAUGGGUGACUUGGAGGCUUCAUGAAACAUAAUAUGUGGUUAGAGAAUCGUUUCUUUUUUGGUAUAGCCAAUGGAGCUUUUACUGGU